GUCACGAACCUCCUUCUAACACCUCCAUUCUAGCGUCCACCGUUCAGCCAUUAGCGCUCUCGUACAGAUCUGACCGAUCAUGUCGGGGGGGCCGGCGGUUCAGAUCAGCAUCGAGUCUUCCGCCGAGAAGCAGAUACAAGAAGUGGGGCUGGAUGGCUCGGAGACCUAUGUGCAGCCGCUGUCUAUGUCGCAGAACCUGGCCCGCCUGGCGCAGAGGAUAGACUUCGGCCAGGAUUCUGAUGAAGAAGGGACUGGAGAGGGGAUCGCACCCCAGGAGAACGACUGGGUGGAUCAGGAGGAGGAGGAGGAAGAAGGUCUGGUGAAAUUUCAGCCAUCCCUGUGGCCCUGGGACUCUGUGCGGAACCAUUUACGAGGAACCCUGACUGAGAUGUGUGUAUUGCACGAUGUGCUGGCUGUGGUGAAAGACAAGAGGUUCAUGCACCUGGAUCCUGUCUCCCAGGAGCCCCUAACCCCAAAGCAGAGUCAGAACAGUUUGCUGUUGGUUUCUAAAAGGAAAUCCCUUCUCGGCGCUGCCCAGAUUCUACUUAAAGGAGGCGAACGACUGUCAAAGUCUGUAGCAGAGAACCAGGAGAACAAGAGGCAGCGCGACUUUAAUUCUGAACUGCUGAGGUUACGCCAACAUUGGAAGCUGAGAAAGCUGGGAGACAAGAUCCUGGGGGACCUGAGCUACAGGAGCGCAGGUUCACUCUUUCCUCACCAAGGAACAUUCGAAGUCAUAAAGAACACGGACCUAGAUCUAGAUAAGAAAAUCCCAGAGGACUACUGCCCGCUAGACGUACAGAUACCCAGCGAUCUGGAGGGCUCCGCGUACCUGAAGGUUUCCAUUCAGAAGCAAUCCUCAGAUAUUGGUGACCUCGGCACAGUGAAUCUGUUCAAAAGGCCAGUGCCCAAAGCCAAGCCAGCUGGAGGGACACCACAUUGGCAGACGAAGCUGGAAGCUGCACAGAACGUCCUGCUCUGCAAAGAAAUAUUUGCCCAGUUGUCUCGCGAAGCCGUUCAGAUCAAAUCUCAAAUCCCUCACAUUGUCGUCAAGAACCAGAUCAUCUCACAGACAUUUCCCGGCCUCCAGCUUUCUAUAUCCUUCUGUCACUCCACAAAUGACAAGAAGUCUCAGAAGUUGUCUUCAGAUAAGAUUAACCCAGAAGAUCAUCUGUAUGUCCUAGAGCACAACCUGCACCAGCUCAUCAGAGAGUUCCACAAGCAGACGCUGAGUAACAUUGUCAUGCCCCAUCCAGCGAGCGCUCCGUUUGGUCACAAGAGGAUGCGACUUGCUGGGCCUCAGGCUUUUGAUAAGAAUGAGAUUAAUACCUUGCAGCAGAGCGAAGGCCUCCUGGAAAAGAUCAUCAAACAGGCCAAGCACGUGUUCCUCAGGAGCAGGGCGGCCCGCACUAUAGACAGCCUGGCCAGCAAAAUCGAAGACCCCCAAAUCCAAGCCCAUUGGUCAAGUAUCAAUGAUGUCUAUGAGUCUAGCGUGAAAGUCUUAAUAACUUCCCAAGGUUAUGAACAGAUCUGCAAAUCCAUUCAGUUACAGCUGAACAUCGGGGUGGAUCAGAUAAGAGUUGUGCACAGAGAUGGGAGAGUGAUCACCCUGUCCCAUCAGGAACAGGAGCUGCAGGACUUCCUCCUGUCACAGAUGUCUCAGCACCAGAUCCUCGCCGUUCAGCAGUUAGCCAAAGUCAUGGGUUGGCACGUCCUCAGCUUCAGCAACCAUGUUGGUCUUGGCCCAGUAGAGAGCGUUGGCAACCCAUCAUCGAUAACUGUGGCUUCACCAAAUGGGGAUUAUACUGUUUCAGUGCGCAACGGACCAGAGAGCGGCAGCAAAGUCAUGGUGCAGUUCCCCCGAUGUCACAGUAAAGAGAUCCCCAAGAGCGACGUGCUGCAGGACACCAAGUGGAAUUACCUGCGAGGACCCUACAAGGAGGUUCAGUGGAAUAAAAUGGAGGGACGCCAUUUUGUGUAUAAGAUGGAGUUAUUAAUGGCGGCGCUGACGCCGUGCUAGACUGUUACAGGACACAACCAGGGAUGAUCUCGAUCAUUUCAUUCUAAUAAAUGAGCUUUUUU